GAGAUAAGGAUGGAACGACUAAUCUCAUUAUGCCUCCCGGAGUUUCGAGAGUGAAUAAUGAGCUCCAGAAGAAGUAUGCUCGCGGCGUUCAAUACAACAUGAAAAUUGUUAUUAGAGGCGAUCGCAACGUAGGUAAAACUUGUUUGCUUAAACGACUCCAAGGAUUAUCAUUUUGUGAAGA